CACGCGCGCGAGUGUCGUCUGGCAGUUCGUGGCUCGCCUGCUACGGUUGGUAGUCAAAUGAAGCAUCGCCCCACCUGACGUUUCUUACCCAAGUCACUUCAUUUAGGUCUAGACACAUUUUUCCUGCUCAACAUUUUAAGUUUCAACAAAACAUCCACUUUUUAAGGCUAACAAACGAGUGGAUUAAAAAAACUUUUGACAAGCUCCCAAUAUAUUACACUCAACGUAUUGACGAAAAUCUAAAGCAAAACUUUGUAAGCUGAGCGUGUAACAAGAAAUCAAAAACUGGCUUCAGUAGAAAGAAACAAUUGUUAUAGCUAAACAUUUUACGCUCGAAAGUUUAUGAUUUUUUUCCAUUUCCAUGUUGAUAACAUACGAUCUCCACAACAGCGUUGUAUGAACAAAAAGUUAUAAUCAUCCGAAGAAUUGAUCUAAUAUAUGAUCCAAAUGAUUAGAUUUUGCUGGAACAUUCAAAUCAAAUAGUUCCGAAAUUGAAGUAACUCAAGAAUUAAAAAUACUAGGUCCAAUCUUGAUUUCAAAACGCACGUCUCCAGACCUCGACUGAAGAAAAAAAAUGUCCUGCUUCGUCAAGUCGGCCAGCUGUCUGCUCUUCCUUUCACUGUACUUGCAGCAGACUUUUUCCUUUGAUGUGGAAGGUUUUUGUAGGAACAGAUGCCUUCACGGACGUGGGGGUAUCCUCUGCAAGUGCAGCGCCAUCCACUUUGCUGGAAAACGUUCCCAUCCACAUCCAGGGGCUAAUGGAUACAGCACGGACCAGGACUUAGGCUCGGUACAAUCGUUAACAAACAUCAUCAAAAACGCGUACGCCCAGGAGAAUCCAGAACCACCAAGAGACAUGUAUCGACUACACGACAUUAGCCAGCAUGUGAAGGUUCUACAGCCGACAGACUUGCUGGGCUGGAGUGGAAAAUCACACCUAGAAGCUCCCCUAACUGGCAGACGACGAGUAGCAGACUAUAAAGACCGGAACUCUCUGACGGGAGGCGAGCAAGUCUUGCCUUUAGCACGAGACGAUUUGGGUAGCAGACAGACAGAGGUUGACAGUGAAACAAAGUUGAAGCUUCUACGACUACAACAUUUACUGAAGGAAGCACUGGAUGGAAGCAUAGACCUUCCUGUCGAGACAACCAAGGUGGGAGAUGUGCCCUCGAGAACGUCCCAAUAGUGCGCGAGUCACCUCCCGGCAUUUGGUUAGAUGGGACUGACCAAGGAAAGGGCGACUUUUGUUUCAUGCUGUUUAUCAUUAAAAUAUUAUGUUACAUC